AUGAUUAUACAGAAUAAAAGACAGCAAGAUGUGUUCAUCAUUGAAGCAGAAGUGACUACGCCUCAGGGUCGCCUGCCUAUAGUGCAAACCUCCAAAGUGAGUUGUAGUGGAGAUGUACUUCCCUCGCUUGCUGGGACUUUCACAUUUCUCCUUCCUGCUGACAUCCCAGGAACCUUCCACAUUAACUUCAAGUUCAAAUCACUAGGCCAGAUUGGCAAUUGUGGUUUUGAUGAAGUGUUGGUUGAUGAAAUUAAAACCUAUGUGGUGACCCAUUAUCAACAUAAGAACUUGUCUGAUUACUGUGACGGCCACUUUGUGCCUGCAGUGGAGGUGCCCGUGGCUAAGAAACAACUUGUGGGUAAGUGUUUUCAUAAAAAAAAUAUAUUGUACUGUUACUAGCAUGUACAUGCAUAGUAUAAGCACCAUUAGGUGAUAAAUAUUAAAUUUAAGAAUCAUAAAUACACUCUGUAAUUCUUUUUUUAAAAAAAUGGACCCACUGUACAACUGUCAUUUAUACAACUUAUACAAUCUAUUCUGUACUGAGUACAUGUACGUGUCAAUAGCCAAGGGUCAAUCAAAUAAAGGAGAAGUAAUUCAAGAAUUUCAAUUUCUUUCCACUGCAUGAUAACAGCCCCGUAAAUGGCAAAAUGUCAUCCAGUUUGUGCAGCACAAUAUUCUUCAACUUUUAUGUACACUGUACUUCAUACUUGUGCUUCAUACUAAUGUUUGGUGGAAUACAAUGUACAGUACAUACUGUUAUGAUAUCAUUGUGUUAUUUUUUGCCUCGUAUACGUCACGUGACACAAUCCUUUGUAACCCAGACCUCGUGGUCAGGUGUGCGCUUUUGGACAAUCCGAGAUUAAAAGCUUGUUGAUGUUUGAGCUUGUUUGUUGUCCUUCGUCCAUCAUAACACAUACAUGGUGUAUGUAGUAAUAAUUAAUUAUAAUAAUACCCUUCAAGUCACAGUAUUUACAUACAAAUUCUCCAGUUCUCCGUGCAUGUACAUUUUCUUUAAGCAUAGAGAGACUGUGGUAUUAAGAAGAUCAAAGUAUUUUCCCUUUGGUGAUUUUUAUUAAUGUCGUUACUUCUGUCGCCAUAACCUUUUCUCUUGGUGAUUGUAAUUGGUGUUGUCUAUAAGGAAAAAAUUGACAUUGGUCAAUCUUUUGACUUACAGCAAGCUUCCAUGUAUCUUCAACGUUCUUAUAGUAAAAUGUUGGCAUAAUUAGUUGUAUAAUUACCUUAUAGGUAUACUUGGAACACCUGAAGUUCAAAGGAUCAUCAACUAUUUCCAAGUUCUUGUAGAAAAUGGUAUUGGAUAAUCACUAAUUUACAGUCUUCUUACACUUUAUACAUGCACCAAUAUAAAUUGUUUACUUAAUCAGAAUGCUUUUUAAGGUGGUGCUCAUUAAAAAUAUGCUAAAAAGAGUAAAACCUGUCAAGCUUCCAUCACAAGCAUUGCAUUAUUAACUAUAGUUUUAUGGGCAAAAUUUUUGUUUGCAUUCUUAAUAAUUACUUAUUAAUCUGGAAUUAUAUUUGACCCUUCCAUUUUGUUUUUUUUUCUUGUUUCUUGUCUUAUGCAAAUUUUGUUUUUAUAAUUUUCACAACUCUUAUUUGUUAAUGCUUUUAGGUGCCUUUGACUGUUUUAAGCGAGAUCAGCGUCGUCUUCUUCAACACAUGCAUGCCAACUGCUAUGAUGCGCAUUUCCAGGAUUUGAUCCUCGCUAUUCAGCUGGAGGUACCCAUUACUGACCGUUUGUUGAUAAAAGUGUUGACCCAAAAAAUGACCUUUACAGAUUACAUUUCUAUCUGUAAACUAUUGACAAACUUCUCUGUUACAUCAAUAGUGAUGGUUAUUCAGGUUUUUUAAAAAACCUUUGAUGUGACAAAUCAUGAGCUUUUCCUCAAGAAAGCAAUAAAUUUAUGGAACAGUAGAAUGGUUUAGGUCACAUCUUACGGGCAGGAAUAAUAUGUUUGUGUAAAUGGCUAUUGCUCCUACAGUCAACAGCCACUACAGGGAGUUCCUCAAGGAUCCCUCCUGGAGCCUAUUCUUUUCCUUAAUUUUGUAAACGACAUAUCUUUGAGUCUGCGUGACCCUACACUUGGCUUUAGUAAUAUUGUUUUUGUUUAAAUGUUUGUUUGUUUUCUUUUUACACAGGAAAGCCUUUUGUUGUACCAAAUGGGAAAUCUUGAAGGGUGUAAGCAAUUGAGCGAAGAUGUGUGUAACCAAGCAGUAAAGUUCAACUCACCCAACUACAAUGUCAUUGCUGGAAAGGCCAAAAGUGUUUUGUCCGGUGCUUACAAACAGGAAAGGAGGUUUACUAAGGCUGAAGAAGUUUUGGAGACCUCUACAGAGGUUGGCAACUAAACACCUCUAUUGCACCAUGUUAGAAGAGAAUUCUUGGAUUCUGGAUUGCAUUCUGCUGGUUCUGGAUUCCAGGGACUGCAUUCCAGUCUGUCUGUGGAACUAGGAUUCUGGAUUCCAAUGUUUAGUGGGAUUCCAGAUUCCUUGAGCUGUAUUCCAGAUUCCAACACCAAAAAUUCCAAAUUCCACAAGUGGAAUUUUCCCGGUUGUAGGAUCUGGAUUCUAUUACAUGGGGCGACUUCCGAGUAACAUUAUGAAUGGUUAUUCUGUUGAAAAGUAACGAUCUGAAAAUUAAUUUGAAAAUGUGUUCUUUUGCAGCUGUUAGAGGCAGUUGUUCCCGGAGAAGAGACUGCUGUUAACCGCACGUGUGUCGCUGCCCUGUUCUCUGAGAAAGCUGCUGUUGUGGGAAUCACCAAAUUGGAGGAAAAGAAAAUGAAGAAAGCCAUGAAAGCUGCUUUAAUCCAUUAUGGGCACCAACGUGAUCGAGGUCUGAACACGAAUGCGCGUGGUCCAAGGCGAUCAUUAAUCAGAUCAAUUUUCUAUUACCUUCAUUCUACUAGAGGAAGGGCCACUAAUCUGCAGAUCCCGGUAUCUGAUAAAGUCAUGUCAGCGGUGGAAACCUUCAUUCGAAAUUUCAGCAGAGAUUUUCUUAAUGACUGCCCCAUGAGAGACAAGGCACUGUUUUACAAUGCACUGGGAGACUUGCAUGCACAAAAAGGAGAGUAUGAGCAAGGUGAGUCACUACUGUUACAGUUAGUUGUCACAAUCUACUUACAAAGUGAAUAG